GAAGAGGCGUGACCAGGGUUCGGCGAGGUGUAGUGUUGCCUACAGAAUCUCUCUGUGGCCUUCCAGCUGCUAUUGAAGAGAGAAGACCCAGGUUCAAGCUAACAGCUGGAGUCUCUUUGAUGAACACCUCAGUUCUGUCCCGGGGAUUAAAGGGGAAACCGAGGCCUGAAUGGGCGCGGUCAUUUCCUGCAGUUCGCGUGAGGACCGCAGCCGUGGCAGGUAAAAAGAUUGCCAUAUCAACUCACUGAAGCAAUAGCGUCACUGUCUUGUUUUUUAAACUGCAUCAACAAUGAAGCAAUAAUAUCUGAGAACAAAUGAACAUUUGCCAACUAACUGUCGUCACAAUUUCAAGUGAUUGUAUAAGCAGGAACAAGCUGCAACAGACCCAUGUGUCAGCUCUUACAGAGAGAAUGCUUUUUUCAGAUGCUGUUUAUUUAGAAACAGUUUUAGUAUAUUACAUUUAAGUUAUAUUUAUAUCAAAUGAAAUAAAAAUGAGUGAAGCCCCCAGAUUCUUUGUUGGACCUGAGGAUACAGAAAUAAACCCUGGAAAUUAUCGACACUUCUUCCACCAUGCAGAUGAAGAUGAUGAGGAGGAGGAUGAAUCUCCACCGGAAAGGCAGAUUAUGGUUGGAAUAUGUUCCAUGGCAAAGAAAUCCAAAUCCAAACCAAUGAAGGAAAUUCUUGAACGGGUCUCCUUAUUUAAAUAUAUCACAGUAGUAGUAUUUGAAGAAGAUGUUAUUUUGAAUGAACCAGUAGAAAACUGGCCUUUGUGUGAUUGUCUUAUUUCUUUUCAUUCUAAAGGAUUUCCACUGGACAAAGCAGUUGCCUAUGCAAAACUCAGGAAUCCAUUUGUAAUCAAUGACUUGAAUAUGCAGUAUCUCAUACAAGAUAGGAGAGAAGUAUAUAGUAUUCUUCAAGCUGAAGGUAUUUUACUUCCUCGUUAUGCAAUUUUGAAUCGUGACCCAAAUAAUCCCAAAGAAUGUAAUCUGAUUGAAGGGGAAGAUCAUGUAGAAGUAAAUGGGGAAGUUUUCCAAAAGCCAUUUGUAGAAAAGCCAGUCAGUGCAGAAGACCACAAUGUUUACAUUUAUUAUCCAACAUCUGCUGGUGGUGGAAGUCAAAGACUUUUUCGAAAGAUUGGCAGUAGAAGUAGUGUUUAUUCCCCAGAAAGCAAUGUACGAAAAACAGGCUCAUAUAUAUAUGAAGAGUUUAUGCCCACAGAUGGUACUGAUGUUAAGGUUUAUACAGUAGGUCCAGAUUAUGCCCAUGCUGAAGCUCGAAAAUCUCCUGCACUUGAUGGCAAGGUGGAACGAGAUAGUGAAGGAAAAGAAGUAAGAUACCCUGUUAUUCUCAAUGCACGAGAGAAAUUAAUUGCUUGGAAAGUCUGCCUUGCAUUUAAGCAAACAGUUUGUGGCUUUGAUUUGUUACGGGCCAAUGGACAGUCCUAUGUCUGUGAUGUCAAUGGCUUCAGUUUUGUGAAAAAUUCCAUGAAGUAUUAUGAUGAUUGUGCAAAAAUACUUGGGAAUAUUGUAAUGCGAGAGCUUGCUCCACAGUUUCAUAUCCCCUGGUCGAUACCCUUAGAAGCUGAAGAUAUCCCGAUUGUACCAACUACAUCUGGAACUAUGAUGGAACUUAGAUGUGUCAUAGCUGUCAUACGUCAUGGGGACCGAACACCAAAACAAAAAAUGAAAAUGGAAGUGAGGCAUCAAAAAUUCUUUGAUCUUUUUGAAAAGUGUGAUGGAUAUAAAUCUGGGAAAUUAAAGCUCAAAAAACCAAAACAAUUACAGGAAGUGCUGGAUAUUGCACGACAACUUCUUAUAGAGUUGGGACAAAAUAAUGAUUCUGAAAUUGAAGAAAACAAGUCAAAACUUGAACAACUUAAGACCGUGUUAGAGAUGUAUGGCCAUUUUUCUGGAAUAAAUCGUAAGGUCCAGUUAACCUAUCUCCCUCAUGGUUGUCCUAAGACAUCUAGUGAAGAAGAAGACAGCCGAAGAGAAGAGCCAUCCUUACUUCUGGUUCUAAAAUGGGGAGGAGAACUAACCCCUGCAGGCAGGGUCCAGGCUGAAGAACUUGGAAGAGCUUUCAGGUGUAUGUAUCCUGGAGGUCAAGGAGAUUAUGCAGGAUUUCCUGGUUGUGGUUUACUUAGAUUACAUAGUACCUACCGACAUGACCUUAAAAUAUACGCCUCUGAUGAAGGACGAGUCCAGAUGACUGCAGCUGCUUUUGCAAAGGGGCUAUUAGCUCUAGAAGGAGAACUUACACCCAUUCUUGUUCAGAUGGUGAAAAGUGCAAACAUGAAUGGCCUUUUGGAUAGUGAUAGUGACUCUUUGAGCAGUUGUCAGCAACGUGUGAAAGCAAGACUUCAUGAAAUACUUCAGAAAGACAGAGAUUUUACUGCUGAAGAUUAUGAAAAGCUUACUCCAUCUGGAAGCAUUUCUCUUAUCAAAUCAAUGCAUUUAAUUAAAAAUCCUGUGAAGACCUGUGACAAAGUGUAUUUCUUGAUACAAAGUUUGACUUCCCAAAUCAGACAUCGAAUGGAAGAUCCCAAAUCAUCAGAUAUUCAGCUUUAUCAUAGUGAGACCUUAGAGCUCAUGCUACGUAGAUGGUCCAAGUUGGAGAAAGACUUUAAAACAAAGAAUGGAAGAUAUGAUAUUAGUAAAAUCCCUGACAUAUAUGACUGUAUAAAAUAUGAUGUCCAGCAUAAUGGCUCCUUGAAAUUAGAAAACACAAUGGAAUUAUAUAGGCUUUCAAAGGCAUUAGCUGAUAUUGUUAUUCCUCAGGAAUAUGGUAUAACUAAAGCUGAAAAACUGGAGAUUGCCAAAGGCUACUGUACUCCUCUAGUUAGAAAAAUUCGCUCAGAUCUUCAAAGGACACAAGAUGAUGACACUGUAAAUAAACUCCAUCCUGUGUAUUCCAGAGGUGUUCUGUCACCUGAACGUCAUGUCCGUACCAGAUUAUAUUUCACCAGUGAAAGUCAUGUGCAUUCUUUACUGUCUAUUCUUCGCUAUGGUGCCUUAUGUGAUGAAUCAAAGGAUGAACAGUGGAAACGAGCUAUGGAUUAUUUAAAUGUUGUCAAUGAACUCAACUACAUGACUCAGAUUGUUAUCAUGCUUUACGAGGAUCCUAACAAGGAUCUUUCAUCUGAGGAACGCUUUCAUGUUGAAUUACAUUUUAGUCCAGGAGCCAAAGGAUGCGAAGAAGACAAAAAUUUACCAUCUGGCUAUGGAUAUAGACCAGCUUCAAGGGAGAAUGAAGGCAGGAGAUCUUUUAACAUUGAUAGUGAUGAUGAGCCACAUACUUCUAAAAAAGAUGAGGUUGAUCGAGCUGUGAUAUUGUUUAAACCUAUGGUAUCAGAGCCAAUUCAUAUACACAGGAAGUCUCCACUUCCAAGAUCUAGGAAGAUGGCUGCAAAUGAAGAAGAGAGCCCCCUGAGUGUGUCUAGCCCAGAGGGUACUGGUACCUGGCUGCAUUACACCAGUGGUGUGGGUACUGGGCGUCGAAGACGCAGAUCAGGGGAACAAAUCACUUCUUCCCCUGUCUCCCCCAAAUCAUUGGCUUUCACAUCCAGUAUUUUUGGCUCAUGGCAACAGGUUGUAUCUGAAAAUGCUAAUUACUUGCGAACACCAAGAACUCUUGUAGAACAGAAGCAGAACCCUACUGUAGGGUCUCACUGUGCGGGCCUGUUUAGCACCUCGGUGCUCGGGGGUUCUUCAAGCGCACCUAACCUACAGGAUUAUGCUCGUACUCAUCGUAAAAAGCUGACCUCUUCUGGCUGCAUAGAUGACGCCACACGCGGUUCUGCUGUUAAAAGGUUUUCUAUCUCAUUUGCUCGACACCCAACCAAUGGCUUUGAAUUGUAUUCGAUGGUGCCAUCUAUUUGUCCUCUAGAAACUCUUCACAAUGCCCUGUCUUUAAAGCAGGUGGAUGAAUUUCUUGCUUCCAUUGCUUCUCCAUCAAGUGAAGUUCCACAGAAGACCCCUGAAAUUUCCUCUUCAGCUUCACGUUCCAGUCCAAUAAUAAGAAGAAAAGUAUCUUUAAAUACAUAUACACCUGCAAAGAUCCUCCCAAUGCCAGCAGCUACCAUAAAGAGUACUAAAGCAAGCAGCAAACCAGCUCCCAGCGGACCUUCUAGUAUGGUUGUUCCCAAUACCUCAUCUCGGAAAAAGGGUGUGAGUAGCAAAACAGAAAUGCAUGAACACAAAAAAAACACUGCGAAAAAAAAAUGAAAUCUUCUUAGCAGAAGCUGGAACUCAUUAUACUUAUAAAAAAUCACGUGUUCAGUAGAAAGAGACACAGAAUAAACCUUGACUGAAAAGUAUCAAAGCAAGUAAUUUGUGUCUCCUUAUACAUCUCUAUAUUAAUUUAAAGAUAUAUGACAUCUAGAGAAUUCUUUGUAUAUAUUCAGGUAAGGCCUUUGCCAUGAUCUGGAAAUGUUUAAAACAAUGUUUAUAGCAUUUUAUGUGUAGCAAAACUUAUGGUGAUAAAGGUCUUUUGUUCUGAAUGUGAUGUUUACCAUGUGCCUAUGGUAAAGAAGAGGAAUGGGAAAGCCCAGACGGCCUGUGCCAAUGUCACACAGUAAUGCUGUUCGCUGAAGAACCUAUGAGGUGGCCUCUGUACACGUUUUCACUUUCACAGGGUCACAUCUGGGCUGCAAAAACCUAUAGCUUGAAAUUUGAUGGCCAUACUGGGGACUUUUAAAAAGCAUAUUUCCAAAGAGAUUUCAUUGACCAUAUAGAUUAGAAACCUUUUUUUCCCCAAUUGUUAUGAUUACAUAUAUGCUGCAAUAUUUAAUAACUGGAGUAUUGGCAUAUGGGUUAUUUUUUCAAUCUAUGCUUUGAAUUUUUAUUGUGUAUUAUUUAAAAUAUUACAUAUGCAGCUGGGAUAACUAUACCUUUUUGCACAUAAAUUUGUAUAUUAAUUUGUAGAAAAUAUUUUCUUUAUAUAUUUCCUUACCAUAAGGUGCUUUUGUUCGUCAGGACAAUUUUUCUUUGUAUAUUGGCAAGAAAGACAUCUUUAGAGUUUCUUUUUAAGAUAUAGUUGACAAAUUUAUAAAUGUUAGUUAUUUUCAGAGUUCUUUUUAGAUCUAAAAAACUGAGUUCCAGAAUGGAGGUAAUCAAUGUAAGAAGAGUAUCUGAAUUCCAUUGUUAGUAGAUAUUAUGUAUAGCACCUAUUUUUACCAUUUCCAUUCUUAUCUCUAGAAUAUCAGUUGAUCUCACUAAGAUAACUUAAAGAUUGAGCAUUUGAAAUACAUGGUCAUUUCAAAUGAUUAGAUUUUGAAGGGAAAUUGAGAUUAUUGCAUUGUGAUUUCAUCUAUGAUGUGAAAAAAUAUUUAUUAUCCUUGGUGCUUACUUUCCCCUGAUGCACAAAUAAUUAUUGUAUAAACCACUUGAAAUGACUUAAACUGUAAACCAAACAGUACAUCCUGAUAAGAAUUGCAUUCAUUGCCAGUUAGGUAACUUAAAUUGCUAAAGCUUUAGUUUGAGGCUUAUGUUUAGAAAAAUUAUUGAAUUCUCGUAUGAAUGCAGCUAUCAAAAUCCUUCAGUAGAGACUCUCCUAACCUUCAAUUAUCAUAUAUGAAUUGACUUUAGAAAAUAAGCAUAGUACGUGUUCAUUUUAAAAGGUACCAGAUGCAAAAGUCACAAAUAUAUACAAUUCUAUAAGUUCAUAUAUUUCACAUGAAUGUAAAUGUAUUACAUGGAGACAUGUCUUGUAAACAGUUGAAUGUACCUAAGCUUUCUGUAUGUGAAAAUGUGGUUAAUGUGCUCAUUGUCAGAGUAAAGAAACUACUUUUAUUUUUUAAGUGGAACUGAAUUAAAAGAUUUUAUUUCUAGAA